AUUUACAAGUUAGUAAGGGGAAGUAAUAGGUAAGUUUGAGCACUUCUCAUCUCUUAUUAUAAAUUCACACACUGGAAAGGAUAUUAUUGUACCAGUCUACAAUGGGUUUUUCACAUCUCUUGCUUCUUUUACUCUUUUUCUUAGGCGUUGAUGGUACAACAUUUAUAUUAAAGAACAAUUGUGGAGCAACUAUAUGGCCCGGAAUCCUGACAAGCUACCAAGCUCCAGCCCUGAUGAAUGGCGGUCUCGAGCUCAAAGCAGGGGAAUCACAAAACAUAUCAGCCCCUGACAACUGGUCAGGCAAAUUCUGGGCACGUGAUGGCUGCAGCUUCGACAGUCAAGGCAUGGGGAAAUGCUACGUGGGAGACUGCGGUGGCACCUUACACUGUGAAGGAAAAGACGGAGACGCCCCAGCGUCAGCAGCUGAAUUUGUUCUAGGUUCUGACAGCGAUUCGUAUGAUAUUAGCCUUGUGAAUGGCUACAACAUGGAGGUAUCCAUCGAGCCAGUUGGCGGGGAUGGAAAUUGUAGCAAAAUCUCAUGCAGUGUUGAUCUGAACCAGUGUCCACAACAGAUGCAGUUUAAAGCUCAGGGAAAAGUGGUGGCUUGCAUGACUCCCUGUCUGAUUUUUAACAAUCCUAUGGCUUGUUGUACUGGGGAAUUUAGUGAUCCUGAGAAGUGUCAGGCAAAUAGUUAUACUGAAGUGUUCAAGUCUAGUUGUCCUUUGGCAUACAACUUUGCCUUUGAUGAUGCUACCAAAUCUUAUACCUGCAGUGGAGCUAAUUAUGUGGUUUCAUUUUGUUAAUCCAAGAAAAAAAAGAGAUAGGGUUUUGAUGAUUGUAAGCUGGUUUCUUGUUGCUUAUUGCUGUAAUAUUUGAUGCACAAAUAAAUUUCUAAUAAUUUAGUAUGCCUAAAAUUUUACGGCACUAAUCCUUA